CCGGCGCCCUCACUGUCUUGGUUCUCCCGGCUCUCUGCUCUCCAUCCCUGCAAGAAGAGGAUCAACCCUGGGCCAUGAAGCUGUCCGCGCUCCUGUCUUUCCUUUCUCUCCUUCCGGUUGCCGUGCAGCUCCUGGACACUAGGCAAUUUUUAAUAUACAAUGAAGAUCACAGGCGCUGCGUGGAAGCAUUAACUCCCAGUGCAGUUCAAACUGCAGUUUGCAACCCAGACAGCGAAGCGCAGAAAUUCCGAUGGGUGUCUGAAUCGCAGAUCAUGAGCGUUGCCUUGAAGUUAUGCUUAGGGGUACCAUCAAAAAGUGACUGGGUUGCCGUCACUCUGUAUGCCUGUGACUCCAAGAGUGAAUUUCAGAGAUGGGAGUGCAAAAAUGACACGCUUUUGGGAAUCAAGGGAGAAGAUUUAUUUUUUAACUAUGGCAAUAGACAAGAAAAGAACAUUAUGCUUUACAAGGGAUCAGGCUUAUGGAGCAGAUGGAAAGUUUACGGAACCACAGAUGAUUUAUGCUCUAGAGGUUAUGAAGCCAUGUACACACUCCUGGGCAAUGCCAAUGGGGCAACCUGUGCAUUUCCAUUCAAGUUUGAAAACAAGUGGUAUGCGGAUUGCACAACUGCUGGGCGAUCAGACGGAUGGCUCUGGUGUGGAACCACUACAGAUUAUGACGUGGAUAGGCUAUUUGGAUAUUGUCCAUUGAAAUUCGAGGGCAGUGAAAGCUUAUGGAAUAAAGAUCCGUUGACCAGCAUUUCCUACCAGAUAAAUUCCAAAUCGGCUUUAACUUGGCACCAGGCGAGGAAGAGCUGCCAGCAACAGGAUGCCGAACUCUUGAGCAUCACAGAGAUACAUGAGCAGACAUACCUGACAGGGUUAACCAGUUCCUUGACUUCCGGACUCUGGAUUGGACUGAACAGUCUGAGUUUCAACAGUGGAUGGCAGUGGAGUGGGGGCAGUCCGUUCCGAUACUUGAACUGGUUACCAGGAAGUCCAUCAGCGGAACCAGGAAAAAGCUGUGUGUCACUAAAUCCCGGGAAAAGUGCUAAAUGGGAAAAUCUGCAAUGUGUUCAGAAGCUAGGCUAUAUUUGUAAAAAGGGCAACACAACUUUGAAUUCUUUUGUUAUCCCCUCAGAAAGUGAUGUGCCUACCAACUGUCCAAGUCAGUGGUGGCCGUAUGCAGGUCACUGUUACAAGAUUUACAGAGAAGAGAAGAAACUCCAAAGAGAUGCCUCGAUUGCAUGCAGGAAGGAAGGUGGUGACCUAGCAAGUAUACACAGCAUCGAGGAAUUUGACUUCAUUAUCUCCCAGCUGGGCUAUGAGCCAAGUGAUGAGUUAUGGAUUGGCUUAAAUGACAUCAAGAUUCAAAUGUACUUUGAAUGGAGUGAUGGAUCCCCUGUAACAUUUACCAAAUGGCUUCGUGGAGAACCAAGUCAUGAAAACAAUAGGCAGGAAGACUGUGCGGUGAUGAAAGGCAAAGAUGGGUACUGGGCGGAUCGGGCCUGUGAACAGUCUCUUGGCUACAUCUGUAAGAUGAAAUCACAAGCCCAAACUCCAGGAAUAGUGGAAGUGGAAACAGGCUGCCGGAGAGGCUGGAAAAGACAUGGCUUCUACUGCUAUUUGAUUGGACACACACUUUCAACAUUUACAGAAGCAAACCAAACCUGUGUGAAUGAGAAGGCUUACCUAACAACUAUUGAAGACAGAUAUGAACAAGCCUUUCUGACUAGUUGGGUUGGAUUGAGGCCUGAAAGAUAUUUUUGGAUAGGACUUUCAGAUGUACAAAACAAAGGAACUUUUCAGUGGACCAUCGCGGAAGGGGUUCAGUUCACCCACUGGAAUUCAGAUAUGCCAGGACGGAAAGCCGGGUGUGUUGCCAUGAGAACUGGGGUUGCAGGGGGCUUGUGGGAUGUCUUGAGAUGUGAAGAAAAGGCAAAAUUUGUGUGCAAACACUGGGCAGAAGGAGUAACUCGCCCACCAGAGCCUACAACCACCCCGGAACCCAAAUGUCCAGAGGAUUGGGGCACCUCCAGUAAAACCAGCUUGUGUUUCAAGCUGUUUACAAAAGGAAAACAUGAGAAGAAAACAUGGUUUGAAUCUCGAGAUUUUUGUAGAGCUCUGGGUGGAGAUCUAGCUAGUGUCAAUAAUAAGGAGGAACAGCAAACAAUAUGGCGAUUAAUAACAGCUAGUGGAAGCUACCACGAACUGUUUUGGUUGGGACUGACAUAUGGAAGUCCUUCUGAGGGCUUUACUUGGAGUGAUGGAUCUCCUGUUUCAUAUGAAAAUUGGGCUUAUGGAGAACCUAAUAAUUAUCAAAAUGUUGAGUAUUGUGGUGAGUUGAAAGGUGACCCUGGUAUGUCCUGGAACGAUAUUAACUGUGAACAUCUUAACAACUGGAUUUGCCAGAUACGAAAAGGACAAACACCAAAGCCUGAGCCAACCCCAGCUCCUCAAGACAAUCCACCAGUCACUGACGAUGGGUGGGCUAUUUACAAAGACUACCAGUAUUAUUUUAGCAAAGAGAAGGAAACCAUGGACAAGGCACGAGAAUUUUGCAAGAGGAAUUUUGGUGAUCUUGUUUCUAUCCGAAGUGAAAGCGAAAAGAAGUUUCUAUGGAAAUAUGUCAACAGGAAUGAUGCACAGCCAGCAUAUUUUAUUGGUUUAUUGAUCAGCUUGGAUAAAAAGUUUAUUUGGAUGGACGGAAGCAAAGUGGAUUAUGUGGCUUGGGCCACAGGGGAACCCAAUUUUGCAAAUGAUGAUGAAAACUGUGUCACCAUGUAUUCAAAUUCAGGGUUCUGGAAUGACAUUAACUGUGGUUCUCCAAAUGCCUUCAUUUGUCAACGCCAUAACAGUAGUAUCAAUGCCACGGCUCUCCCUACCACACCCUCGGUCCCAGGAGGUUGUAAGGAAGGUUGGAAUUUUUAUAAUUACAAGUGUUUCAAAAUCUUUGGAUUUGUGGAAGAAGAAAGAAAAAAUUGGCAAGAGGCACGAAAAGCUUGCAUAGGAUUUGGAGGAAAUUUGGUGUCCAUACACAAUGAAAAAGAGCAAGCAUUCCUUACGUAUCAUAUGAAAAACUCCACUUUUCACACCUGGACUGGGCUGAAUGAUGUCAAUUCAGAGCACACGUUCCUUUGGACGGAUGGCCGAGGAGUGCAUUACACAAACUGGGGGAAAGGUUACCCUGGUGGGAGAAGGAGUAGUCUUUCUUAUGAAGAUGCUGACUGUGUUCUUAUUAUCGGAGGGAAGUCAAGGGACGCAGGAAAAUGGAUGGAUGACACCUGUGACAGUAAGCGAGGUUAUAUAUGCCGAACACCUCCCGACCCUUCCUUGCCUAGUUCUCCAACAACAAUUCCAACAGAUGGCUUUAUUAAAUAUGGCGAAAGUAGCUACUCACUCAUGAAAUUAAAGCUGCAGUGGCAUGAAGCAGAUGACUAUUGCAAGCUUCACACUUCCCUGAUCGCUAGCAUUCUAGAUCCCUAUAGUAAUGCGUUUGCGUGGAUGCAGAUGCAGAUGCUGAAUGAACCUGUGUGGAUCGCCCUGAACAGUAACUUGACCAAUAAUGAGUAUGUUUGGACCGAUAAAUGGAGGGUGAGAUACACUAAUUGGGCCAGUGAUGAGCCCAGACUGAAGUCAGCGUGUGUUUAUAUGGAUCUUGACGGCUAUUGGAAGACAGCACGUUGCAAUGAAAGUUUUUAUUUUCUCUGCAAAAGAUCAGACGAAAUCCCUGCCACUGAACCUCCACAGCUGCCUGGUAGAUGCCCCGAGUCAGAGCACACAGCGUGGAUUCCUUUCCAUGGUCACUGCUACUAUAUCGAGUCUUCAUAUACAAGGAACUGGGGCCAAGCUUCUCUGGAAUGUCUUCGAAUGGGUUCCUCUCUGGUUACCAUUGAAAGUGCUGCUGAAUCGAGUUUCCUGUCAUAUCGAGUUGAGCCACUUCAAAGCAAAGCCAACUUUUGGAUAGGAUUGUAUAGAAACGUUGAAGGAAUGUGGCUAUGGAUAAACAACAACCCACUCUCUUUUGUCAACUGGAAGACAGGAGAUCCCUCUGGAGAAAGAAAUGAUUGUGUCGCUUUGUAUGCAUCUUCUGGAUUUUGGAGUAAUAUUCACUGUUCUUCCUACAAAGGAUACAUUUGUAAAAGACCAAAAUUUGUUGAUGCUGAACCUACUCAUACAUUAAUUACAACAAAAGCUGACCCAAGGAAGAUGGGCCCUUCCAAACCAUCUUCCAACGUGGCAGGAGUGGUAGUCAUAGUGGUCCUCCUGAUUAUAACGGGUGCUGGCUUCGCUGCGUAUUUCUUUUAUAAGAAAAGACGUGUGCCUUUCCCUCGAGAGGACACUUUUGAGAACACUCUCUAUUUUAAUAGUGGAUCGAGUCCAGGAACUAGUGAUACAAAAGAUCUCAUGGGCAACAUUGAACAGAAUGAACACGCAGUCAUCUAGAAUCACGGUGUGAUUUAGGUAUAUUUGAAUUUCAUAAGAUUAUAACUAAAAUGGUAAAGUCUUUCAUUCAAUGUGAUUAUUUCCUUUCAAAUUAGUGCUGUAUUACACUGGUCUGUCCUUUUCCUUUGCCUCAUGGAAAAAAUAACUGUUUAUUUUCUAGCCUGGCAAGAUAUUUUCACAAAAAAAGGAUAACGACAUUGACUACUAUGUUUAAAAAGAUCUUAGGUGAAUAUACAGCACUGGUGUGUAGCUAGUGUCAACUGCAUACAGAUUACAAGAACCCCAGAAACAACCAGCUAAGCUUCUUGAAAUCGUUUAAGGAGCUCCCAAAGAACUGUUACCCAUUGAAUAGUUAUUCGGUAAUUAGAUGAGCAUUUUAAAAGCCAAGUACAAAUAACCUCGGGUGACACAAAAAUUUAGUCACUUUUUUUCUUAUACCCAUCUUGAUUUUUACCCCAAUGAUUUAGAAUUAUAUUUUUACAUGUGCAGAAAGAAUAGGGCAGCUGAGAAUCUUGUUUGCCCCAAGCAGGAUUUUCCAGGCUGAAUAUUGCAAAUGUGUUCUUUGUCCUGUUUUAUGUAUAUCAAGAAUGCAAAGAUGUGAAAUAAAAAUAUAAAUUUGCAUAACUGGAUGUAUUUAGAUAAUGUGAAAUAGACAUCAAAAACAAGGUCUA